AUGUGGCUCUUGGGAGGUGGUGGGAGUGAUUCUGCCUACAAAACAAACAUUGAGGAAGCCAACAAGCAUUUGGAUGCUCUGGCUAAAAGGAUAGAGGAGUUGGAGGCGGCGUUAGAGGAGCAGAAGGCAGAAAUGGAACGAAGGGAUGAAGUUUAUGCGCAAUCUGUCAAGGUGUGCUCUCGAAUAUUUGCUAAAAUGAUAGCGUUUUUACGUCGAAUAUAAUCGUCUGGAGUGGUAUAAUUAGGACACAUUGCAGGUGUUAAGGUUUUCGAGCUUUGGCGUUGCUCAUUCCAUCUGUUCGGACUAGUUAUCGGGCAUAUGCCCCGCCUUAUUUAUGCAUGCAUUUUCCGUAAUCCUUAGUAGAUUAUCAUUAUGUAGGCAUUUCAUACCCGCCUUUUUAACGUCUAAGUAGACCUCUGGACUGGACUAGUUUAGAAAUUACUUAUGGGGCAACUGUUAUCGCGUGUGAAAGUCGGAAACAAGGUUUUUGAACCGCACAAUAGAACAAACGCUCGGGACCUUAGGUGAAAUUGUUACUUGUUCUCACGUUGUGUCCUAAGACUUUUGUUGGAACGGACUAACGGUGUAAGACUAGAGGCCGCUCUGAUACCGUAAUGAGGCCUCGAGCAGCCACGAUAAUCGUUACUCUUUUCUCAGAAGGCAAGUGUUUAUUACAAACACCAAUAGCACCAGGGCUUCUGCCCUUACGUAUUUGUGGUCUUAGGAAAUAAAAUGCUACCCUGUAUUAUAUUGUGGCAUUUGCAAAGCGUGAAUUUUCCGGCUUGUCCAGCACAUUGUUCAGUGCUUUCCUACAUCACCCAUUAACUGAUGUCACUUGCACUUUCUGUUGUGCACGUUGUCGGCAGCAUUAUUAUUAUUAUCAUUAUUAUUAGGAACUGCAUCAGCUGCGGGAUCAAGAAACAGCUUCCCUCUCUGCGAAAGUUAAAGAAUAUGGAUCAACUAUCCGGUGCUUAGAAUCGGACAUUAAACGUCGUGAUGCUGAAUUAAACAUCCUUCGCCAGCGUUGUCGUAUGCUAGACGAAAUCAUGCGAUACAAAGCGAGCCUCGCCAAACUUACAAUUACCCUCGAACAAGCCGAACAAUACUCCAAGUCCGUGUACCGAACCACCCAAGAUCAGAGACUUGCGGGCGCCUCCGAAGUCAUGGUGCAUGUGGAUCCAACUCCCCGUCCUACCCAGUCAAUCGAGUAUCUUGUUGAUGAAGUGCCCGAUGACGAAAUAGUCGACCGAGUCGGUGAGGCGUACGUGAAUGGGGAGAAGGAAAGGCUGAAGAAACCUGUUCCAACAUUAGCCCAAAAAGCGGCGAAGACUGAAGUUAUGCCCUAA